UGAUAGGAGCACUCUCUGUGCCACCUGAGGGCUUUCCAUCCACAGCAGGGAGUUUAGACAGCUGCUGAGGGAAGAGAUCCAGCAGUGCAGCUCCAGUUUAGAGGAGCAGGGCAUGUUAGGGAGGACAGAUGAGUCCAAAUGUGUCAAACAUACGUAAAAAAGUAAAGAUAAGUGAGAGGUGAGAUGACACCGUGGCAGGUUCUGCGUGCAAAUAGAGCGGCCAGAGGUUUGGGUUACCGUGUUCAUCAUGGACCUGGAGUUUUGGUACAAUACAGAACAGCGCCGAAUGUUGCAGCUGCAGCUCCAGACAACGGCCGGAGCUUCUGUUUGUCCAGACAGAAAAACAGCCUGCAGCAGCUCGACAGGAGGCUGGCCGCAUACCUGCAGCAGGUCCGGAGUCUCGAGGAGACCAAUCAAAGGCUGGAGCAUCAGAUCCAGAGGGAGCUGGACAAGAAGUCACCCAGAGAGCUGAGACAGCUGAAGGGAUACCUGAGGACAGCAUCCCUGCUUCACAACCAGAUCAGUAAGUGUCUCUCGGCCCAGGCUCAGGUGAAACUGCAGCUUCUCAAUGCAGAGCUCACCGUCUUUGACUUCAACGCCAGGUGUGAAAAGGAGCGUGAGCGUCGUGGUUGUGUGGAGGUGGAGCUUAGUGACUUGAGGCUUCUGGAGGAGGUGCUGAAGGUCCACACGCUGCCAGAGCUCCAGACUCUGCUGAACGAUCAAAGACAACAACUGAUGGAGCUGCAGAUACAGCACAAACAGGACAUGCAGGGUCUGCGGGCCAAAAUGUUAGGGGAUGUUGCCGUGGAGAUGCAGGCUGUUGAGUCAUCAGACCUCGUUCAGCAGCUGAAAGACCUGAGACAGAUGAGUUUGAUGCUGCAGGAGAAGAACCAGAACCAGAACACAGAGGUGUCCAUGUUGAGUUUUCCAGAAGUGACUUUUGACACCCCAGCAGAGUCCGAGGAUGUCCAGACCGAGCUGGAGGAAAUGAAAAGAACAGCAGCAAAUCUGGAAGAAGAACUAAUACAACUGCAGGGUCUGAACAUGGUGUUAGAGGCCUCGGGUCUGGAGCAUACUGAGUCCUUUGUCCAGCAGCUGGUAGUCCUACAGCAGAAAGCAGACUUUCUGUGCAGAGACCUGGACUCAGUGCUACAGGCCACAGCUCAACAGGCUGCAGACCAUCAGACCCUGCUGGACACCAAGAGCAGAAUGGAGACUGAGAUAGAGGACUACAGGAGGCUGCUGGAUGAACUGAGCCAACAGGGAGUCUCAAGUCUUCACUCAAACUCUAUGGCCAAUUUCAAAUCUUUCUGUGUUACAACUAGCCCCUCUGCCAUCAGGAGAAACAUCACAGUGAACAAAAAAGUUAGUAGUCAGGGAGGAAAUACUCAGAUGAUGGGGGCUCAGACUGUAUCCAGAGGCUGCACUGUCAGACAAACACCUGUACUUACCCCCCUCUCAGAAACAAAGACAUCCAAGUCAAUCAGGGUUCACAACAAACAUCCAAAGAACUCACCAGUCAGAUCUAUUAAUACUUCAAAUCUGAGGGGCUCAUUCCACAAGUCUGAAAACCAGAGCAUCGAUGUGACCAUCAACAGCAAGAGCUGCCCUGUGGAAGAUAAAGUUCAUACCAAAGACUGUGAUCUGCAGAAGUCACCGGUUGUUGGUACUCAGAUUAGCCAAAGCUUAGAAAAAGGAGCUGUUGUUAAGGCUUCUAAAGCACAGAUAAAUACUGCAGAAGUAAACAAUAUGCUGGUUCCUGAAACAAAAUCUACAAGGAGUGCUGCUCUUCAGGAACAAACAGGAACCUUUAUAUCCAGACAAGUUACCGCAGAAGCUGUUUUGCAGGCUAAUAAAACAGGGACCCACAUUCAAAGAGACACCACCGAAACCACUCUUGGUGCAGAAUCAGAACUCAAGCAAGGACCACAUUUUGCAAAACAAUUGACCACAACUGAUCUCAGCAAGGAAAUUUCUGCAGAGAUAAAGAAAAAGACAGAAACUGUGAUCUCAGCUCAAAUAGACUACACCGAGGGCCCCAUCCAUGCUAAGUACCAGGAUCCUGCACAGGUUGUGUCUUGGAGUAUGGAGACUCCAGCAGAAGCUAUCAGGAAUGCAGAGGAAGUUGUUAUUACAGCAUCCGUUGUCUCUGGAUCACACAGUCCUGGGUCUGAGAAGAUUAAGGAUAAGGUCACUGGUGAAGGCGCUGUUGUCAAAUCUUCAAAAGUGGAUUUUGAUACUUCAAAAGAAAUCACCACAAUAGUCUCUGACACACAACCUGCUAGGAGUGCUGCUCUUCAGGAAAAAAAAGAUUUUUUUACUUCAGAACAAACCACUGCAGAUGCUGGUUUGCAGGCUAAUAAAACAGGGACCCACAUUCAAAGAGACACCACCGAAACCAUUCUUAAUGCAGAACCAGAACUAAAGCAAGGACCACAUUUUGCAAAACAAUUGACCACAACUGAUCCCAGCAAGGAAACUGCUGCAGAGAUAAAUAAAGAGACAGAAACUGUAAUCUCAGCUCAAAUGGACUACACCAAAGGCCCCAUCCAUGCUAAGAACCAGGAUCCUGCACAGGUUGUGUCUUGGAGUAUGGAGACUCCAGCAGAAGCUGUCAAGGAUGCAGAGGAAGUUGCUAUUACACCAUCUGUUGUCUCUGAAUCACACAGUCCUGGGUCUGAGAAGGUUAAGGAUAAGGUCACUGGUGAAGGCGCUGUUGUCAAAUCUUCAAAAGUGGAUUUUGAUACUGCACAAGAAAUCACUACAAUAGUCUCCGAUACACAACCUGCUAGGAGUGCUGAUCUUCAGGAAAAAACAGAAAUUUUUAGUUCAGAACAAACCCACAUUCAAAGAGAGUACACCAAAACAAGUUUUUGUUCAGGACCAGAACUUAAGCAAGGACCACAAUGUGUGACACCUUUGACCACAACUGAUCCCACCAAAGAAACUGCUGCUGCAGAAGUAAAGAAAGUGACAGAAACUGUGAUCUCAGCUGAAAUGGACUGCACUGAGGGCUCUGUCCAGGUUAAGGAUCAGGACCCUGCACAGGUUGUGUCUUUGAGUUUGGAAACUCCUGAAGAAGCUGUCUGGGAAUCAGUGGAGGUGGCAGUUGCACCAUCUGUCAACCCCACAGCCCAUGUUCUUAGGUCUGAAGAGGCUCAGGACAAAGUCUCUGGUGUGGGAGCUCUUGUCAAUAUCUCUAAAUCAGAGAGUAAUAUUGCACAAGGAAUCACUACAAUAGUUUCUGACACACAACUUGCGACAAGUGCUGUUGUUCAGGACAAGACAAAACCUUUUACUUCAAAACAAACUACUGCAGAAGAUGGUUUACAGGCUACUAAAACAGGGACAAAUAAUGAAACUGAGACCACGAAAACCCUUCUUUGUACAGAACCAGAGGUAAAGCAAAGACCACAGUCUGUAACACUUACCACCACAACUGUUCCCAGCAAACAAACAGUACCAGAGGUAAGGAAAGAGAUAGAAUCCGUGAUCCCAAAUCAAAUGAAUUGCACUGAGGGCUCUAUGCAAGUUAAGGACCAGGAUCCUGCACAGACUGUGUCUUUGCGUUUGGAGACUCCAGCAGAAGCUGUCAGGGAUGUAGAGGAAGUUGCUGAUACAGUAUCUACUGUCUUUGGAUCCCACAUUCAUAAGUCUGAGGAGGUUCAGGGUAAGGUCUCUACUGAGUUGACCCCAAUCAAUGACAAAAACACAGAAAGAGAAGAAAAUAAGGGAGAAGAGGAAGCAGAAUAUACAUUGUCCAAGGCAUCCAAUAGAGAAAAAAACAAAGUCACGGAGGAUGCAGAUACAGGGUCAGGUAUUACAACUGCUUCACUCCAGAUUCCAGAGAGCAAUGACAAACGUGAGAGUAAAACUGCAAGUACAGAGAUUUUUGAGAAAGUGGAAGUAGAAAUUACCAAAGGGGAGGCUAUCAACAGUUUCAAUAGUAGCAACAAAGUAAAAGUGGACCCUUCUGAAACAGACAAUGAGAUGAUUAAUAUAGCAGGUCAAGAAGCAUUAUUAAGUACCACAAAGUCGGAAAAAUCUGUAAGUCUUACAGAUUCUGGUGUGGCCUUGAGUUCCUCAGACCAUGAAGAGAUUCUUAGUCCAAGGGAAACUGAUGUAUUUGCAAGCCCAACAAAGACAUUUGCAUGCUUGAGUCCAGGAGCAUGUCUGAGCCCAGUUGAGACAGAGGUGUUGAUGACCAUGACAGAUCAAGUAUUUUGCCCAGUUCAUCCAGAAGAGCAUGUUAGAAGUGAUUGUCUUCUGAGUCCAAAUGACCCAGGAGUGUUUCUCAGCCCAAACGACUCAGACACAUGUUUGAGUCUGGUUGAGGCUAAAGGAUGUCUGAGUCCAAAUGGUGAAGAGGAAGAUGAGGAUCUAGGUCUAAAUCUAACGGAGGCACAUGCACGUGUGAGACCAGUUGAGAAAUAUAUUCUCACAACAAAAGAGGAAGAGCAGUCCCUGCCAUUUAGCAGAGAUCAAGCUUUGCCAAAAGAGGAUAGAAAAAGAACAGUCAGCACUUCACUUAGAGAUUGGGGCAGUUUAUGUUUUGGAUCAUUUGAAGGUAAUGAAGGAAGUGGAGGUACUAAUGCUAUGAACAUCAGUUCUGUACCAACUAGUCGAGGGAACAGCCUUCAGAUGAACAGCAAUCUUGGAGGCUCGAAUUUCGGAGGUCUAAUUGGUUGUAGUAUCAUAGCAGACAAAGAGGAACAGCCUGGUUUUGGCGGCCUGUAUUGGAAAAGUGUAAGACAGGCGAGGAGCCCCAAUGACAGGUACAAAGAUACAAGUGUCAUUGCAGAUAACAAGGAUGUACAGAAUACAGGUGGCAGUCCAACAAGUAGAUUUGGCUCAGAAGACCAGAAAGAGAUGUCCAGUAUGGAUAGUGUAGCAGAGGGGCAGAAAAACAGUGACUGGCUGAUUGUCAGUCAAAAGCCAACUAAAAGUGAAAGACUGUUUGUAAAGUCAUCUAGCUUUGGAAGUAUCCCUGCCAAUGGAGGAUCUACAAUUAGUGGUGUGGCUAGCAAUUUAGGAGGCAGUGGUAUGGCAAGUGAUCUGGCAGCUAGUUUUGGUAGCAUGCCUACCAAUUCAUCAGGUACAGCUGGUGGUAAUGCAAAACCUACCACUACAGCAGAGGUACAGGGAAGAUUCAGGCAUGGCAGUGGAGACUGGCUAGUUUAUGGCGGCAGUCUGGGACGUACAAGUACGACCUUAUCCAGAACAGGAAGUGAGGGGAGCCUGUCAGGAACUACGCUACCUUCAGCAAACCAACCAGAAACAGGGAGAUUCAGCAGUAGAAGAAUUAGGGAGUGGAUGGUAUAUGGCAGCAGGCUUGGAUGUAAAAGAGGCCAGGAUGGCGGCCCUAGCCCAACCAUUGAAGGUAAAGAAGAAGGCCCAUCAGUGGCCAUGAAACCUGCAACAUGCACACAAGAAACAGGGAGAUUUGGCAGUAAAGGGAGUGAAGGGUGGAUGGUUUAUGGAGGCAGUCUUGGACGAAAGAGCAGCUUGCUCAGAACAGGGAGUGAAGAAAUCAUGUCAGUGCUUCCCGCAACAAGCCCACCAGACACAAGGGGUUUUGGUAGAAAAGGAAGUGGAGAUUGGAUGGUUUACAGCAACAGUUUUAAACGUACUAGCAGUCUGUCUGGCAGUGAUAUUUUACCCAACACAGAGAGCAGUGAAAACCAUUCAAUGGCCAUGGACCUGCCAACAAUCCCUCCAGAAACAAGGAGAUUCAGCAGCAGAAGUGGAGAGUGGAGAGUCUAUGGUGGGAGUACUGGAUGUAUAAGCAGUGUGGUUGGCAACAAAAUCUUACCAAAUGCGGACAGAGAAGAAAGCCCAUCGGUGGCCAUGCAACUAGCAACAAGCCCACCAGUAGUACUAAGAACAUGUAGGUUUGGCAGCGGAGAUAGUGGAGAAUGGAGAGUUUAUGGUGGUAGUACUGGACGUUUGAGUAGUGCUAAUAACACAGGCAAGAACAGUGUCAGCACUGAUUUUGGCCAAGUCAUCAGUCCACCAAGUAGCUACACCGAUAGUAGACCAAGACUCUGUAGUGCUGGUAGUGGUGGCAGGCUCAGCUCAGGUGGUGUUGUUAGGCGCAGUAGCAGUGUAGGUAGUGUUGGAAGGUUAAGUAGCUCAAGUAGUAGCAGCAAGUUCAGCAGCUCAUCUGGGAGCCACAGGACUAGCAGCUCUGGGAGAUUGGCCAGCACUGGAAGUGGUGAAUGGAAGCCCGUAUACAGCUCAGCUAGCGGACGUAGGAGCACUAUGGGUAAUGCAGGGCGAUCAGGUGGAGGGGGGACGACCAGCAACCAUAGAGCCCCGAGUCCUGGGGGAAGAAUGAGUUUGGGAAGUGCUGGAUGGCUGACCAGUUCAACAGUUGGUGGGGGUCACAUUAGUAGCCCUGGGAACGGGUCUAAACUUAGCAAUGCAGGUAGCAGUGACAGAAUUAGUGGAAGGAUCAGCAGCUCCUCUGGAUCAGGGAGGAGCAACAGCACAGGGGGAAGGUUCAUCAGCAGCAGCGACCGGCCAAUCAGGAGCACUGGCAGCGGAGCUGGAGGCAACAAGGAGAGAAUCAGUGUUUGUAAGAUGGCGGCACUGUCAAUCUCUGCAGCGGGGAGGGAAAGAAGCCAGGACCGACAAAGACAAGCUCAGCGGUCCCAACAACAACAACAACAACAACAACAACAACAACAACAACAACAACAACAACAGAGUGCAGCUGCCUCUCCUCUCGUUCAGCGAUGGCUGACGACAGGUGUCGGGGUCACAAGUGCCGAACCUGACAGCCUUGAUGACAUCAUGCGUCUCUAAUUGGAGAACUGGGAAGAAUUGGAGUGACAUCACGCAUUAAGGCUGCCACAUUCACAUCUCUCUCAACACACCUGCACACAUUCACAAGUACAAUAAAAAAGUAGUUAAAUGCCAAACUUUCCUCAAAAGGAAAAGGUGUGAAAGGUACUGAAGAUCAUUUACUUAAGUAAAAUUACCAGUACAACAAUGUUAAAAUACAAACAAACAACUAUAUGUUCUACAUUCAGAAUCCUUCUUGAGUUAUAGUACAUAAAUUAUCAGCUAAAAUUAAAAAAAAAAAAUUGCAGAAAAAUUCACUCUUACUCACUCAUGUUAUAUAUCAUUAUAUUGUUAUUACAUCAAUGUAUUUUUGCUUUGCUUUAGGUUGAGCUAGUUCAUCUACUUAAUACAUUGUUAUCAUUGUUAUUGGUGAAAUAUUGUUUUUGGGCCUCAAUCAGUCAUGAAAGGGAACCAUGUGAGUGAGUGAAUGUAGAGAUAACAUGCUAAGAGGCCCCAACUGGACAAAAAAUUACCAUACUUAGACAAAUUACCAUACUUGGAGUUGGUUAUAUUAAGGUUUUAUUUUAAAAACCUGAAGCUCCACUUCACAGUUUAUGUUUUUGGUCAUACAGGUUUUUUUGUGAUUUGAGGUUGGAUUUUUAAUGUUUGAAAUCUGUUAUUCACGGUCCUUGUUUUAAACAGCAGAUCUAAUUUGUACACUUGAAUCUGAAAAUAGAGAUAAUAAAUAUCGCAUGUCCUUUUUGCCUCUUGUUAAAUGUUAUAUGUAAUGUGUAAAUGAUGUACUACUACUACUAAUAAUAAUGAUAACAAUUUUGUUUUUUUUCUCACCAUUUUUUAAAAAUAAUUUUCUAAAUCUACCAAUUUCUUGGAAUAAGUGAACCAUGUAUCACCAAGUUGCCCAUUGCCCUUUUUUCCUCAUAUUUUUUAAAAAGAAAUCGAAUCAAUUUGCCCAGGGUUUAAAGGUUUAAAUACUUGUGACAGGUGUCUGAAAGGGUUAAAUGCAGUAGUGAACGUUUCACUCACGUCUUGAACGCUACUUCAGUGCACAAUAUGUAAUUUCUGCCUCUGGGGGGUCUCUCAAUAGAACGCCCCAGGGAUGACUUUUUGUGUUGGGUCUUGUGUAAAACAAUACAUUUCAGCAGAAACAAAAUUAUAUUCAAGUGUUAAUGUUUUUGCAGCUUUUUAUUCAGUCUGCAUAUUCCAGAAGUGAACAUGUCAUCCUCUGCUCACCUGUCUGAGGUCACUUCUUGAUUGCUGAUGAUUCUGUUCACCUGUGUCGACUGUUGAACACGUCUGUGAUCCAUCAGUGUUUCAUCUGAUGAAGCAAUAAAAAGAAAAAUGUCAGUUUUA